AUGCAUUCAGGAACCACUCCUGAUUCAAUUACGAAAUUCACAUCGAAACAGCUUAAUAAACAGGCGUUGAAGGCAGGAAAGGAAGAAAAAGCCGAAAAAGCCAAGGUCAAAAAAGCACUAACUCAAGGUAAUAGUGAUAUUGCACAACUGUACGCUCAAAAUGCUAUUAGAAAGGCAAACGAGAGAGUAAACCUUUUGAAACUAGCUGGCCGUAUUGAUGCCGUUGCAUCUAGAGUGCAAACAGCCGUGACAAUGAGAAAUGUCACGGGAAGCAUGGCUGGGGUGAUUAGGGGAAUGGAUAAAGCUCUUCAAACGAUGAACUUGGAGAGAAUAUCGCUGGUAAUGGACAAAUUUGAGAACCAGUUUGAAGAAAUGGACUCAUCUGCCAACUACUAUGAAAAUGUCACUAAUGAUAUCAACGUAACACAACAACCUCAAGAAGAAGUGGAUCUCUUGAUGAGCCAGAUAGCCGACGAAGCGGGCCUAGAAUUGAAACAGAAUUUGAACGAAACAGGUGUUUCCGAUGGUUUGGCAAACCUAAAGCAAUCUCCUGGUAAAAAUAAGGCUAAUGAAGAAGACGAAGAUCAGUUGGCACAACGGUUGAGGGCAUUACGUAAUUAG